AUGCUUCAGUCGGAAGGUGAAUUGGAGAAUAAUGAAUCACUGGCAUCACAGAUUCUGAAAAUGUUAUCUCUUGGUGAACCUUUGAGCCAAUACAUCGGACGUGUGGAAAAAAUAAGUAUUGCAUUUGCUGAAUACAGUCUUGAAAUUGUUCGAAGUGGUAAAUUCAUUUUCAUCAUAAAACGCAAAUUGAACAGUUAA